CAAAUGGUCAUGAAAUAGUUGCAUUAGCAAAUUUAAAGCCAAUAUCAGAUAUAGGAAAAGAUGAAUUGGAUAGUUUUUUAUAUCAAACAGUUGGCCAUGAUGCUAUCGAGUAUUAUGCUGAAUGCAUGAAUUUACCACUUUAUCGUCGAGAAAUUGUUGGCAAGUCAAUAGUUCAAGAAAUUGAUUAUCGAGAAACUGUUAAUGAUGAAACUGAAGAUUUAUAUGAAUUGUUAAAAACAGUAAAGGAAAGUCAUCCUGAUAUUAAAGCAAUAUCUGUAGGGGCAAUUUUAUCAAAUUAUCAACGAGUUCGUGUUGAAAAUGUGUGUAAUCGUCUAGGUCUUAUAUCACUUGCAUAUCUUUGGCGAAGAAAUCAAAAGGAAUUGCUAGCUGAGAUGAUUAAUUCUGGAUUAACUGCCAUUCUGAUUAAAGUUGCUGCGAUAGGCCUUGAACCAUCACAUUUGGGAAAAUCUAUCAAAGAGUUAUAUCCUUACUUAUGUACUUUGAAUGAGAAAUAUGAUGUUCAUAUAUGUGGAGAAGGUGGUGAAUAUGAAACAUUAACAUUAGAUUGUCCUUUAUUUGUAAAAAGAAUCAUCAUUGAAGAAACAGAAAUUGUGACACAUUCAGAUGAUGCAUUUGCAACAGUAGCAUAUCUUCGUCCAAAGAAAUUGAUAUUAAAAGAAAAACCAGCUAAUGAAAUUGUUGCAUGUGUUGGUUGUAAUCUACAAUCGCCAGUUAGGAUCCAAAUUGAUUUGAAGGCUAUUACAUCAUCACCAUUGAAACCAAGGGAAACUAUGCAUGUACAAAGUAUGUCUUAUUGGGCACCUGCAAAUAUUGGUCCAUAUUCUCAAGCAACUAUUACAAAAAAUCAUGCUUAUAUUGCAGGACAAAUUGGUCUAAUACCAUCAUCAUUGGAGUUACCUCAUACUAUUGAAGAUCAAACUCUACUUUCCUUGAAAAAUUUAGAGAAUGUUACCUCUGUACUAGGAUUAGAAGUGAAAAGAUUAACAUCAUUAUGCAUAUGUUAUAUAGAUGAUGUUAAGUCUUUUAAUUUUGUUAAAAAAGCUUGGAAAAUCUUUUUUAACUAUGAUGAUAAUCUUGUUUCAAAGAAAGAUUUUACCCACCCACCUACUUUGUUUGUUGUUGUUCCGUCUCUUCCACGUGGCAGUAAAGUUGAAUGGCAAGUUUUGGUGCAUGAUGGUAAAAUAGAUAAUGAAAUGACUCUUAAGAAACCUUCAAUAUUUGAAGAUGUAACUUUAUCUAUUCUUAUUGAUAAUAUCUCGACAAGUUUAAAUAAUCUAUUUGAACACUUUUUAAAAUCUCAAGCAAACAUCACAUCAGAUAUUAUGAUAUUUUGGAAUAAUAUAUCUUCUAUUAGAAUUUUUUAUUCUGAAAACAUUAAAAUCAAAUUAUUGGAUUUAAAAAAAGCAAUUAGUGAAAAUAGUGCUUUAGGAAUUUGUGUUAAAGGUGAAUUUGACUGA